AUGGGAGGCGUUCGUGAAAAGAAAGCUGAAUACUUUGCUAAAUUAAGAGAAUACUUGGAAGAAUACAGAUCCAUCUUCAUCGUUGGUGUCGACAAUGUUUCUUCUCAACAAAUGCACGAAGUUAGAAAGGAAUUGAGAGGUAGAGGUGUUGUCUUGAUGGGUAAGAACACCAUGGUUAGAAGAGCCAUCAGAGAUUUCAUCACUGACUUACCAGAUUACGAAAAGGUCUUGCCUUUCAUCAAGGGUAACGUUGGUUUCGUUUUCACUAACUCCUCUUUGCAAGAAAUCAAGGAAGUUAUCAUCUCCAACAAGGUUGCCGCUCCAGCCAGAGCCGGUGCCAUUGCUCCAGAAGAUAUCUGGGUUAGAGCUGUUAACACUGGUAUGGAACCAGGUAAGACUUCUUUCUUCCAAGCUUUAGGUGUUCCAACCAAGAUUGCCAGAGGUACCAUUGAAAUUGUUUCCGAUGUCAAGGUUGUUGAUGCCGGUCACAAGGUCGGUCAAUCCGAAGCUUCCUUGUUGAAUUUGUUGGAAAUCUCUCCAUUCAAGUUCGGUUUGUCCAUUGUCCAAGUCUACGACAACGGUCAAAUUUUCCCAUCCUCCGUCUUGGAUAUCACUGAUGAAGAAUUGGUCGAACACUUCGUUUCUGCUGUCUCUACCAUCUCUGCUAUUUCUUUGGCUGUCGGUUACCCAACCUUGCCAUCUGUCGGUCACUCUUUGAUCAACAACUACAAGAACUUGUUAGCUGUUGCCAUUGGUUCCGGUUACCAUUUCGCUGAAAUUGAAGAUUUGGUUGACAGAAUUGAAAACCCAGAAAAGUAUGCUUCUGCUGCUCCAGCUGCUGGUGCUGCCGCUGCUUCCUCUGAUGCUGCUGCCACUGAAGAAGCUGCUGCUGAAGAUGAAGAAUCUGAAGAUGAUGACAUGGGUUUCGGUUUAUUCGAUUAA